AUGCAGGAGCUUGAGUUUGGUUUGACGGUCAGUCGAAUCAGGCACAUAGCAUACUCCCUUGCUGAGAAGGAGUGUGCUUCAAACAACAAACCGUUUCCAUUCAGCGACAAGAAAAAAUGUGCCAGUUGGAAGUGGUGGCGUGAGUUUCGUCGCAGAUACAAUUUAGGCCUAAGAACACCCGAAAAUUUGUCCCAAUAUCGGGCAAACAAUUCUAAUAGGGUGUUACUCAAUGAUUUCUAUGACAAACUCUCUGAGGUUUAUGGAAAGUUUCCAGAAGGCAUCAAACCUCAACAAAUUUGGAACUGCGACGAAACGGGGCUGUGCUACGUUGUGAAGUCUGGACGAGUUGUUACAAGAAUAGGCAAGAGGUUCGUCUAUAAUCGAGUAAUUGCUGACAAGGCUGAAACUCACACCGUUUUACCUUGCAUCAAUGCCGCAGGUGAAUUUGGACCUACUCUACUGAUCUUCAAAGGCGCUAGAAUGAUUGAUGGUUUGAAAAUUGGGGCGCUUCCAAAUGUAACAGUUGCAGUGUCUCAGAGUGGCUGGUUAAACUCAGAGUUAUUUCUGAUGUGGUUUCAAAAAUUUGUCCAGGGGAUUUCCUCAGCAAGGCCUGUGGUGCUAUUAAUGGAUUCACAUGCGAGUCACAUAACUCCUGAAGUCAUUGCAAUGGCUUCAGAGAAUGAUAUCAUAAUUGUAACAUUUCCAAGCCACACAAGUCAUUUGCUACAGCCUUUGGAUGUAGCAGUAUACCGGCCUUUGAAAUUGGCUUGGCAGAAACACCUGAGGCAGUUUCAAGAAGGUAAUCCGCUGAGAAGACCAGGAAGAUUCGAUUUCCAUGGGAUGUUCAGUCCCGCUUUUCUGGAAGCAUUCAUCAGAGAAAAUAUCAUUUCUGCAUUCUGCAAGGCUGGUGUUUUCCCACUAAACAAGAUGAAAAUUCCUGAUGAAGCCCUGACAACAAACGUGGAUAACAGGUGUAUGGAUGAAAAUUCCCUGUCAGUCAGCAAUGCACCUGCUACAAAGGAAGGCAUCGAUGAUGUGUUAAAACUACCUGAUUUUACAGCACGUGCUCCAAAACCUGCAAGGAAGAGGCGUGAUCCAUCAGCUGCAGUUCAUCUUCCAGGGGAGAAAUCAUGUGGUAAUACUUCCACCGCCAGUACCAGUUCCAGUACUAGUGACACUACCAAAUCCUGUGUCAGUGCCAGUACCAGCAGUUUGGUUAAAGCCAAAAAGAACACCAAUAAGAGCAAAGGUGAAGCUGAAGAUGAAUGUAAUGAUGAUGAUGAUAUUAAUAGUCGUAAUGAUGAUGAUGAUAUCAACAAUAAUAACAACUUGAAAUAG